UAUAUCCUCUGUGAUCCUCCCACUUCUCCCGGUCCACGUUCUCAUCUCUUUUGCUUCUCUCCUCCCCAACUACAUACCUAAUAUCCCUCCUCCCCCACUCCCCACUAUUUCCAUCAUGGCCGACCAAGCUGUGUAAGUACUCAAGUCUCCCUCCCAUUUGCUUCCAUCGUCUAUGCAUUUAUGCCAUUGCUUCGUGCAUGCAUCACUCGGUCAAUCCUCUUCGAUCAUGCGGCUGCCGUCUUGGAGCGCACACUAGCUUCUCGACGUACUUCGGAUCAUUGUUUAUGAAUUCGAUUUCCCCUUCGUCUGUGAAUUCAUCACGAUGAGGAGGCCGCGGUUGUAUGGAGGUCCGCAUUGAAUCCCACGGCCGAAAAGCCGUGUGGUUCAGUGUCCCCCUCCCCAUAUGUCAAUUCUCUUUUCUAUCUGCCCAGCUAUUGACAUGGAACUUGGCGACUGACUGUAGCGCCCGUCUCGCCGGCAUCAAUGUCGGCGCUCCGGCGCGUCCUCUGCCUAGUGCUGAUUUCGGUCUCAUCGGUCUGGCCGUUAUGGGUCAGAACCUGAUCCUUAACGUUGCUGACCACGGUUUCACUGUCUGCGCCUACAACCGCACAACCUCCAAGGUCGACCGCUUCUUGGAGAACGAGGCCAAGGGCAAGUCCAUUGUCGGUGCCCACUCCAUUGAGGAGUUCUGCGCCAAGCUCAAGCGUCCCCGCCGUAUCAUGCUCCUGGUCAUGGCUGGUAAGCCCGUUGACCAGUUCAUCGAGUCUCUCCUGCCCCACCUUGAGGAGGGUGAUAUCAUCAUCGAUGGUGGUAACUCCCACUUCCCCGACAGCAACCGCCGCACCAAGUACCUUCAGGAGAAGGGCAUCCGCUUCGUCGGCAGCGGUGUCUCCGGUGGUGAGGAGGGUGCCCGUUACGGUCCCUCUUUGAUGCCCGGUGGUAACGAGGAGGCUUGGCCCUACAUCAAGGACAUCUUCCAGAGCAUCGCCGCCAAGAGCGACGGUGAGGCUUGCUGCGACUGGGUUGGUGACGAGGGCGCCGGUCACUUCGUCAAAAUGGUCCACAACGGUAUCGAAUACGGUGACAUGCAGCUCAUCUGCGAGGCCUACGAUAUCCUCAAGCGCGGUCUGGGUCUCAAGGGCAAGGAGAUCGCUGAUGUCUUCGCCCAGUGGAACAAGGGUGUCUUGGACUCCUUCCUCAUUGAGAUCACCCGUGACAUCCUCUACUACAACGAUGAGGAUGGAACUCCCCUCGUCGAGAAGAUCCUUGACAAGGCUGGUCAGAAGGGUACCGGCAAGUGGACUGCCGUCAACGCUCUCGACCUUGGCAUGCCCGUCACUCUGAUCGGUGAGGCCGUCUUCUCCCGCUGCUUGUCUGCCAUCAAGGACGAGCGUAUCCGCGCCAGCGGCCUUCUCAGCGGCCCUACCCCUGAGUUCGACGGUGACAAGCAGGCUUUCAUCGAUGACCUCGAGCAGGCCCUGUAUGCCUCUAAGAUUAUUUCCUACGCCCAGGGCUUCAUGCUCAUCCAGGAGGCUGCCCGUGAGUACGGCUGGAAGCUGAACAAGCCCUCCAUUGCCCUCAUGUGGCGUGGUGGUUGCAUCAUCCGUUCCGUCUUCCUUAAGGAUAUCACCAACGCUUACCGCAACAACCCCGACCUUGAGAACUUGCUCUUCGACGACUUCUUCAACAAGGCUAUUCACAACGCCCAGAAGGGCUGGAGAAACGUUGUUAGCAAGGGUGCUCUCUGGGGUAUCCCCACCCCUGCUUUCAGCACUGCCCUCAGCUUCUUCGACGGCUACCGCACCCGGGACCUUCCCGCCAACUUGCUGCAGGCUCAGCGUGACUACUUCGGUGCCCACACUUUCCGCAUCAAGCCCGAGCACGCCAGCGAGACCUACCCUGAGGGCAAGGACAUCCACGUCAACUGGACUGGCCGUGGUGGCAACGUCUCUGCGUCGACCUACAUUGUUUAAAUUGAACACGCGAUGUAAUACGCUGGACGUGAAGCCUCGCACGGGUCUAGCAGGGGACAGUUGGACUGAUCUCAGGGAGUUGGCGACAUGCGCUCACUGAGUGAAGAAUGAUCUGAUGAAAACAAGAAGCGAAACAG